AGUGCAUUGCAAAGACGAAAAAGAAGAAGCAUCAAGUAAUAAUAAAUCGAUCAGAUUUUUUCAGAGUAGUGGACAAGUUUUUUAGAAAAAUACCUAUAAAAUCAUAAAAUUCUGGUGCUUUACACUGGCAAAGUUUAACUUGGAACUGCUUCCAUAUAGUCCGACAAUUGGAAUGUAAAUUAGAAUAGCAAACUCCGUGCAAUUUAGUCUAGGAAGUACAUGAACCCAAAUUCCCUACCAUAACAUUAGGAAUUGAUUGAUUGGAAAGGAUGCGUAAUACAUCAAAAGUUGAGACUUUAAUCGAGACCUGCCGCAGUGAAGGCAAAUGGCAAAAAGUCAUUGAUUUAACAGAUGAAUUGAAGACGGGAUCGCCAAAUAAUGAAUGCUUAGCUCAUUUCUUGGUGGGUGAGGCCCGUUUGGAAUCCUAUUUAGAAGAAAAUCCACCAAUUGAAAGUAAUUUUGCCAAAGCCAAGAGUGGUCUGAGUGAUGCUCGACGGAGUCUGAAUUUGGUAACAGGUGAAAAUGGAAAAACAGCGGGAAUUGCCUUGGAUGCUUAUCUGUUGUUGGCCAAGCUGUGCUAUGCCUGUGGGGAAUACGAGAAGAGCUUGGAGAAUUUUGUGAAAGCGGAAUUGAAUACCUUGGCGGAGAAGGAACUAACAUUGCGAAGCUUAAAAAUACUGGCUGAAUCAUAUGCCAUUAAGGGCUUGUGUUUGGAAAAUCAAACCUCGAAACCAUCAUCAAAGUUCAAGAAAGCCGAAAAGGAAGCUGAAAUGAUAUCCUGUUUUGAACGUGCCACCGAUUUGGGCUUACUAUAUCUACAGGAACAAGAUAUAGCUGCUUAUGCAACUUCGGCCAACAAUACAGGUGGCUCAACAUUGGCCAUCAAUGCCAGUGUCCAACAAUCGGCCAGUAAUAUGGCAAUUAGUUCAACAAUUCCAGCAAAUCCCCUAGAAUUAAACAGACGCAUGGGUACCAUACUAGAGACUGCAUUGCAAAGAGCACCCAUUGUCCUGAUUAAGGCUGGUAAACUUCAGGAAGCUGUUGAUCGUUAUCGUAUUAUGUUGAAUGCAAUUGAAACUAAAACUACACAAUCGCUGCGUCUAACAUUGGCCAGACAAUUGGCUGAGGUCUUAUUGCGAGGAGUAUCGGGUACAAUAUAUACAGCACCAUUCCAAAAGAAACAGGGCGCUUCAUCGACGCUUAAGACUGGUGGCACGUCGAAAAAGUUGUGGAAACCUCGAAAAUAUGCUGCACGAAAUCAAUUUGUGCCACGCAAUCAACAGGAGGAAACAAUUUUGUUACUAUUGAUAGCUGAAGCAUUGGCGGUGAGGGAUACAGUCCUCUCGCAAAGUCCUGAGUUUAAAGUUGCUCGAACUCAUGCAAUGGGUAAUGCCACAGCAGUGUAUGAUCUCUUAACUUUGGCCACAGUGCGUUGGGGUUUGGUACAAUUGCUGAAUGAGUCCUUUGAAAAGGCAUUGAAAUUCUCGUUUGGUGAACAACACGUUUGGCGUCAAUAUGGCAUAUCUUUAAUGGCUGCCGGCAAACAUAUGCACGCCUUAAGGGUAUUACAGGAAUCAAUGAAACUAAACCCGGGAGAUCCAUUGCCAUGUCUUUUGGCAUCAAAACUUUGCUAUGAAUCAUUGGGUUUAAUUAAAGAGGGAUUGGAUUAUGCCCAGCAAGCAUUGAAACGUGAAACCAAAGGUUUAAGGCCAUCAAGGGCUCAACUUUAUGUUGGCAUUGGCUAUCAGCAACUGGCCAUACAGAGCACUCUAAAACUGGAAAGAGAAAACUAUAACAAGUUGGCAUUGGAUGCCCUGGAAAAGUCGGUACAAAACGAUGGCAAUGAUCAUUUAUGCGAAUAUUAUUUGUCACUACAAUACGCCCUACUCAAUAACAUUCCAGAGGCUUUGACUCACAUACGCUUUGCCUUGGCCUUACGUACCGAACAUGCACCCAGUUUACAUUUAUUUGCUUUACUGUUGACAGCAUCACGACGUCCGCGUGAGGCUUUAGUUGUCACUGAAGAUGCAUUAGAAGAAUUUCCGGAUAAUUUAAAUCUGCUACACGUCAAAGCCCAUUUACAGUUACAUUUGCAAGAUGCCGAAAUUGCUUUGGUAACCGUACAACGUAUGCUGGCAAUAUGGCGUGAACUAUACGAAGGCCAAGUCAAUGUCGAAGAAGAAAAACAUUCGGACACAAAGAGUUUGAUACUGCAUGUACCAUCGUCACAAAUGUCGGACAAGGAUUCGAAUUCUGUUUAUGCGGCUUCUUUGGCGGCAGUAUCACGUGUGGAACAAGCCUUGAGCGAAGCGGCCAGUUCUCUCAGUUCGUUUACACCAAAACCAGGACCUCAGCGACCAUGGAUGAUACAAAUUAAGAUUUGGCUAUUGUUGGCCGAUGUUUAUUUGUCCAUUGAACAACCAGCCGAGGCAUUGAAUUGCAUACAUGAAGCUUCACAGAUUUAUCCCCUAUCCCAUCAAAUUAUGUAUAUGAGAGGUUUAGUUUGUGUUUAUCAAGAACAAUGGAACGAGGCUAAGCAAUGUUUCUUAAAUGCGGUGGCCGCCAAUCCCAAUCACACAGAAGCAUUAAGGGCUUUGGGUGAAACCCAUCAUGUUUUGGGUGAACCUCGUUUGGCAGAAAAACUACUUAAGGAUGCUGCAAAACUGGAUCCGAAUUGUCCAAAAAUAUGGUUCGCAUUGGGCAAAGUUCUCGAAAGCCUAGGCGAAUAUACAGCAUCUGCCGAUUGCAUGGCAACAGCAUUGCAAUUGGAGCCCACAUGUCCCAUACUUCCAUUUACCUCAAUAGCAUUAACAUUUGACUAGAAUGUUUACUGAUUUGAUUUUGUGCGUUUUGCAAUUCCACAAACGAAAAGUCCUCUGUCCACAACAGUAUUAACUUUAGUGGAUUUUUGUUUUUUUACCUAUUUUAAUUACCUACUAGAAGAUAAACAAUAAUGUGUUAAUACUAUUAUUAUGUGUAUGUUGUCGGCUCGUUGUUACUUCUUUAUAGUGUAAAGUUCAAAAUUUGGUGUUUUUUCCCUUCGUUAAAUCAUGUUUGCGAAUUAUAUAUUUAAAAAAUAUACUCAUGGCAAUGGUUCCAUAGAUAUGUGGAAAUAAUGAAAACUUAA